CUCUCCCUCUCCCGGGUUUAAAGGACUGGGUUGCGUUUAUAUCGUUUCAGUGUGUUAUCACUCGCCACUCACCAGCCAUAAGAUUACAAUAUAUAUAAAAAAAACCACACACUUCACCAUAGUUAUCUCCUUUACUUCCAUUCUUUUAUUUUACUAAUUCCAUAUUAUGUCAAAUAACACCUUGAAUAUCUUUCUUUUACUUUCUACUUCUCUGUGCUUCUCUUUCUCUUGCUUUCUUGAGUGAAAAUAAGAGAAUCAGAGAAGCUUGAGCAGAGUUUUUAUGUCCCCCAAUCUUUUGGGUUUCGGUGUAUGUGGAUGCAAUGGGUAAUUGGAGAAAUCAUCCAUUACGUAGAUUUUACCAUAAAAACUGCCUCCAAGGCCUCCCCAGAGAGAAUACGACUUUGAAAAUUUUUCCCCAGGAGGGAAAGAUGGUGUGCCUUUAUGGGAAAAGAAAUUUUGCACUUCAGUUGGAAGAAUACCAUGGGGGAAGAUAGUAGAUAAUAAGAAGUAUAUACACUUUCAAGAUAAUGUGCUCAGUUGGGAUGAUUCCGCUGGUAAAGUGGCAUUUCAAAAUGCGAAGAAACGUUUUUGGGCAGAGAUCAAUGGCCUCCUCUGUGAUAUCUCUCUGCCUGAUCCAGAUAUGUAUAUUGAUGAAAUAGAUUGGAAUACUAACAUUGAUCCUGAACUGAUUAAGGAAUUGGAUGAAGAGUUGCAUAAUAUGCAACAAGAAAAUAAUAACAAUCCUCGUGAAUUUUCCAAUGUGGUGGAUCUUGGAGCUCUGAAAAAAGAAGUAAGGGAGUGGAACCCAUGGGAAUCUUGGGGAAAUGGUGGGGAUAAGGCAUGGGAUGAUUUUGGGAAUAAAGGUAGGAGAUGGAACCAGCAGGAGCCAAAGAAUUUGAAUAAUGGUCACAAUACUUGGGAAAGCCGAAUUGAACAGAAUAAUGGUGCCUUAAAAGAUAGAGGGUGGGGAGAUUGUGAGGAAAACAGAUGGGGUAGGAAUGAGUGGGAUAAUGGUGACAACCCUUGGCCAGUGGAGAAUAAGUGGGGUGAUUUUGAGAAUAAAGAUUGGGGCUGGAACCAGAGGGAGCCAAAGAAUUUGAAUAAUGAUGGCAAUACUUUGGAAAGCAGAUUUAGACAGAAUAAAGGAGCUUUUAAAGAUAGAGGAUGGAGAGAUUGUGGGGGAAAUGGAUGGGGUAGGAAUCAGGGGGAUAAUGGUGACAAUCCUUUGCCAGUGAAAAAUAAAGGAUGGGGUGAAUUUGAGAAUAACGAUUGGGGCUGGAACCAAAAGGGGCUAAAAAAUUUAAAUAGUGGUGACAAUCCUUGGGAAAGCAGAUUUAGACAGAAUAAUGGAAUUUUAGAAGAUAGAGGAUGGAGAGAUUGUGCGGGAAAUGGAUUUAGUAGGAAACAGUGGGGCAAAAAUAAUAAUGAGUUAAAGCAUCGGGAAUUUACAAGAACUGAUAGGGGAACAUGGAAUGAGGGUAGCUGGACAAGGGGAAGUGGUGAAGCUAGGGGAACCUGGAAUGAGGGUAGCAGGAAGAGAAGUGUUGGACGUAAGGGAACCUGGAAUGAGGGUGGCCAUAAAAGGGGAGGAUCUCAUCUGUAUACAAUGGAUACCAAAUGCUCUAGGCCAAGACAAUGGUUAUCAAACAGGUCGUUUUUGGAGGAGAGGUGAGAAUGGGCCUUCUUGUUUUUGCUAGUAGAUUUUUCAUUUCGAAUUUUUUGGUAAUGCUUAUAAUUUUUAAUUUUUGGCUUUAUUUUUAUUAAUAUUCAUUCAUUCGGAUAUCAAGAGAAGGGAAAUAAAUUUCAAUGAACUCUUGAAACAUAGGUUACAAUUUUACAAAA